GAUGGGAUUCUUCAGUCUGGAAAUGAGGUGGCUGAAGGAGAGCCCCGGGCGCGCCCCGGCGGCCCCAGCUCGGCGCGGGAGGGCGGCCGGCGCAAGCGAACCACCUUCAGCAAGGCGCAGCUGGAGCUGCUGGUCCGCGCCUUCGAGAAGGAGCCGUACCCCGGCAUCGCCCUGCGGGAGCAGCUCUCCAGCCUCACCGACAUCCCCGAGUCUCGGAUCCAGGUGUGGUUCCAGAACCGGAGAGCCCGGCAGCUAAACCACAAGAAGAGCGAGGCCGCCGCCUACGCCAGGCCGGGCAAGCCGAAGCCGCCGCGGUGCGCUGGCCAGGAGCGGCCCCGGGCGCAGCAGGGCCCGGGGACAGAGCGGAGCCGUCUCUGCCCACAGCCAGGCCUGCCAGGAGGGAGCCAGGGCUUCGGAGGUCAGCCGCCUUUCUACUCGGGGCAGCUGUACUCAAGGCUCGACAUGCAUUUCAGGAGCUUGGAUAACAGUUUUGGAGCCCUGGGUCAGACCCCAGCUGACUUCGGUUUGGACUGCUCGGGAAGAGGGGUCCCACUAGGUGCGGGAAGCGUGGGGAGUGCGCCCCCGUUCUCGCUCCCUGUGCAGCAGGCACAGGAGUAUCCGCACCUGAAGAAAUCCUUCCCUGAAGGCUACUACUCAGAUGCAGACGUUUUCCAGCCUUGUACAGAUCACCAGUACCCAGCACCCAAAGAGAACACGUACAGGAAGCCUGUCUUAAACUACUUCAGUGCUAACCAGGGCCUGAGUGUUGAGAACUGUUUGUAUGCCAAGUCAAGCGCUUCUCCCUUUGGGAAGGGCUCCACUUUCAGUUUUGAUGCGGGGGAACCUAAGCUUGAGCCCGAGCAGAUGAGGCACAGUUCACCUCUGCUUGCAGCCAGUAAUGCUAGUCCUCCUUCGGUAUUUCCAAAGCAUGAAGGGGACUGUCAAAGGGCAUUUGGCACUCCCGCCCCAUUGUAUGAGCAGCAGCUGCUGGAGACAGUAAAUGAUUAUGACCCUCAUUGGCUGGGCAUGAGAAAUGAAAUUUUGGGAAUAGGGUUAGAUUUGCUGUUUGAGAAUGAGCAAAAUGCAGAUCAAGGUCAGACAAAAAGUUACCUUUCUGCUUUUGGUGGCCAGAAUUCAGUCUGUCAUUUGGGUCAGACAUGAAACUGGCAGUGGGUCCACUUGCCUGAUGGAAAAUGAAUGUGAUUUUUUUUCUCAGUUGCCAGUGUUGUCUGAAGAGGCUAGAGGUUUUGCAGGUCUACGUGCAGAGUGCUUGCUCUUCUGAGUUUUGUGCCCUGUAUGGAAGGGAAAGAAAGAUAAGCCAUGUUAGCAAGGGCUGCCUGCUGCAUGUGAGCUGCCUCCCCAGGCAAGCCAUCUUUCACCAGCCCCUUGCAGUAUUCCUGCACGUGUUUGGCUAUGGGCAGCCCAACAUUACCCUGCAUGCUUAGCCUGAUCUUCAGAAGGAUGUCAGCCCUGAAGAGCUCUGUGCUCACACUGUGCUGGAUUAAUUCUGCCAGGAGGUUUAGCACUAUGGUGGUGUUUUUGUGGCCUUACUGUACUGAGUUUUGUUUCUAUUCUGGUCUUAAUUCACUUACUUUAACUUAAGGAAUCCUAGAUAACAGACUUAUUUAUAGCUUUUAGUUGAGAAAGCAUUAACACAAGAUGGGUACAAGCAUGGGAAAACAGCCUUGGUGGUGACAGGGGACAUCUCACUGGGUGUGUUUGUAAUUUAGGUGUGUUCCUCAUAAAGAACACUAAUGGUCUUUCCCUGGGUACUUAAUAUAUAGUGUUUUCAUUUAAAAAUGACCACAGUCUUUUAAAAGGCAGUAUUUUUGUGAUUUUGUUUUGUGUAAUUUGUUUGCAGAUUGUCUUUUUUUUUUUUUUAAUUGUGAUUGUCUAGUUUCCAAAUUAAGGUUUUUUUACCUUCAUGAAGUUGUAGAAUUGCACUCUGAGGAGAAAAAAUGUGUUUCAUCUUUGCAUUUGCACAUUGAGCCUAUUUUUAGAAUUCUCAAGAUCCAUGGUUAUCCAGAAGUCCACAGUAAUCAUGGAAAGGUUCUUCACGUGUACCUCUGGAGAACUGCCAUGGAUGUGUGUUAAAGCAGUGUUAGGCCUAGGAUGCUGAAAUCUCUACAUGCAGAUCUAUUUUUGGGUUUAAAAUGUGGCUCUGGAAUAUUUUUAAGUAUGCUUAGAUUGUAAUACAUUUGUUAUUAACUCAAUUUGUUAUAGAACAAGAGAAACAAUGAGAAUAAAACUUAAUCACAGACCAUUAUUUUAUUAAUAAAAUUGAUAUCCCUGAACAAACUGUCUAUAGAGGUGUGUACACAAGAAGUCCAGAAAGUUAGCCUGACUUCUGUCAGUAAUUUUUAUCUGUGGCUGUAACUUUUCUGCCUUGACCUAAAGGAUUGGAACAAGCUCGUGUAUUACAGAACAGCUGUAUGGCUUCAGACAAUAGCUGCAAGGCACUUUGAACACAAGUUGUAUUUGGGAGUGAAGGACAAAAAGAUGAUUGUAUUUAUGAUUGUAUCUAUGACUCUUUUAGUAAAUUUUUGAAAAAAAAAUGCAUGAAGACUUAUUUAUUUACAUAUACCCUCUCCCUCAUAACACCUUCUUGAUGAGAAUGCUUAUUCAACGCCUAGGAGGUGCUUCCACAGCAAUGGUAUAGCAGCGUCCCCUGGACUGGCCAGCAUCUCUGCUGUCAUAUGGUCAGGUGAUGCUGGGGCAGGAACCAAAUGUGCUCAGCAGUUGAACUACUCUUCUACUGUCUGUAAAAUACUCCUGUUUAUAGAAUAAGGGAGGAUUUUACGUGCUAAAUAUUGAAAAAUGUAUUUUCUUCUACACAGCUUGUCAAAGAGAUAAGGAGGACACAAAUGCACUAAUGUCACUUUUAGUCAGGCUGGGCUAAUUCACUGCAGGGUGUCCCGAGCUCCUCCUUAUGGGAACCUGAAAUCACAUUCCUGUCUUCACAGCCGCCUCCUCCAGCAGCAGGACGAGUGUGACAGCCACGGCCCCUGCACGUCCAGCUGGAAGCCACCGGCCUGGGAGGCAGGAUGGGGCCAGCAGCAGCACAGAGGGAGCAGUUCACGGCCCGGACACCUCGUUAGCAGCCCUGCCCCUCGCUGCCUCUUGCCGUGAGGACAGUCCGCCCCAGACAAGAGGGCUCUUCAUUGAGCAGGGUCUGCACCUACAGCACACCUCAGGGGGAUUGGCCUUCAGGCGGGGCACAGACCUGAGAUGAAACAAUGGCUCACUUCUCACCCGGGUACCUUGCCCUCUGCAUGCCUGGUCAUGUCCUGUGCGUGCAGGGCUUGGUACCUGCAAAACGCCCCCAGCUAAGUUGUAUUAGCGACAGGAGGAGAGGACACAGUGUUAAGCUGCAAUAGGGGAGGCUCAGGUUGAAAAUCAGGAAACAUUUCCCCACAGAAAAGGCGAUUAGAAACUGGAAUGGGCUGCCCGGGGAGGUGGUGGAGUCACCGUUCCCGGCGGCUUCAGAGCGCGGCCCUCAGCGCCCGGACGGGGCUGGCGCGGCGGGGCUCCCUCGGGGCUGACAUCCCCGGUUUCUGUCGUGGAUUCCGUCAGAACUCACGGCACGGGAAAGCUCUUCAUAGGCUUUCACCCUCUGACUUGUUCGUCCUCCCAUAGUCCUUGGCAAGGACUGACUUUUUAUCUUUCUCGCAGUAACUGGGGCCGCAGCUGCCGGUUCGUACGGGGGCUGCCCCGAGCCCGCGGCAGCUGAAGGUCCCCACGCCUCCUCCGCUCCGGGUGCUGUAGGGCCGGCCCCGCCAGGCAGCUACCGCGGGCUUUCACAGAGCUUGCAGGAGAGUAAUUUACUCCUGAACACGCGCACAGGGGCCGACUCCCGGUUCCCGUCCCGGUUCCCUGUGCGGGCUGCGCGCCGCGGCCACUAUCCCACCUGUGGGACA